ACACGACAAUGCGACACAUGAUUUCCGGACGUUAGUGCAAGCAUAUUCUAGUUAAGUAGUUUUUUUGUUUUAUUUUAUAUCUUAAUUUGCGAGAAUCGUUAGUUAAUUUACCGUCAAGAAACGUAUUUAAAACCCUAAGAAGAAAACAUGGAAAAUGUGUGUUCCUGGUGUGUUUUGAUCUUCACAUUUGUCUCCAGCGCUAAAGGUUUCCUGGUCCAUGGUCCUGCUGAGCCCAUAGUGACCCGAGAGUCAGGAAAUGUUCUUCUGCCCUGCUUUGUGGAGAACCCGCUGCCUCUGGAGGAACUUGAGGUGGUGUGGAAGAGGACAGACUCAGAGGCCAUAGUGCACCUGUUCCAGGAAAGGGAGAGCCGACCAGAAUCACAGGACCCCUCCUACAUGGACAGAGCCCAGUUCUUCAUGCAGGAGAUUCCAAAAGGAAACUUCUCUCUCCUGCUGGAAAGCGUAAUGCCUGAAGAUGAAGGAACGUACAAAUGUAUUGUUUACACGAACCUGCAGCACAAUGAAACACUGGUGAAAAUGAGUAUAGAACGGCUGAUGGUGAGUGGUACAGACAAACCUGUCUAUGCACAUGCCAGUGAGGAUGUCAUUCUUCAGUGCUCUUUGGACUUGCAUAUUCCUUUGGCAGAAUUAGAGGUGGAAUGGACAAAGACAGAUGAAAACAUCCUAGUGCUGCUGUUUAGUGAGGGGGAGAGCAAACCAGAGUCCCAGAAUGAAAGGUACUGGGAUAGAGCAGAAUUCUUCACUGAGGAAAUUUCCAAAGGAAACUUCUCUAUAAAACUGAGAAAUGUCAGGACAGAAGACAAAGGGGAGUACAUGUGUAAAGUAUACACCGAUACAGGUUCUGCUAAUGUCACAGUCAGGAUUGAAGAACUGGGUUUUUCCUCCCUACAAAAAUUGGUCUUUGGACUGUCCAUAGCUGUGACUCCUGUAGCCAUUAUAAUGGGUGCUUUGUCUCUUUGGUGUUUCAGGAAGAAGAAUAAAAGUAGAGGAAGCCUGUGGAUACACUGUUUUCAUGUCACACUUCCCUGUUUAAUGAUUUCCUUGGCAAUCAUCCUGUGGGGUGUAAAUGAAGGAUUCAAAGUAGAAAUAGUCACUGUUGCUGCUGUCAAUCUAAUAAGGAUUCUAAUUUUGUUUAAGAUGGCUCCUUAUGUGAAUUCAUUUCCAGGAAAUCUAUGCUAUAUAUUCAAAUACAUGAGUUUUGAACUGGAGAAUAUGGUUAUUGUUGCAGGAUUUCUUGCUGGUGUUGUCUAUGAAUUUGUGACAAAAUACUCCCCUGACACAAUGGUAAAAGUACUAUUUGGAAUAGCAAUAUCUGGUGGUCUUCUUAUGGUUAUCUGCAUCAUUUUCCAGCAAGAAACAUUUCCUUGGCUGGUUUUCAGUCACAGCGGUUUCAUUUUAAUUACUUCAUUCAUGAAAAAGAUGCAAAGACUAGAUUAUGCUCUUUUGGUUUUGGUUACUUCUACUGCAAUAUUUACAUGCACUACGAUCAAAAACUGCUCUUUGCGGUGGAACAGAAAUUUUUAUUUAUGUCACAUCAUCUUCACGGGGACUUUCUUCAUACUUCACACAAUAUUCAGUUUCCAGAUCCUAGUUAUAGCUCUGGAAAAUGACAAAGAGUGUUCUGCAAAGAUGUGUGUCUCUGGAUUUCUCUGCAUUCUGAUUUUCACAUCCUGUUUUCAUAAUAGUGGGAAUUUACAUGCCAUACCUCAUACCAUUGUGUAUGAGUUUGGGGCAACUGGCCUUGCACUUGUGAAUUCUGUUACACUGGCUGUACAAUUAAUACUGAAAGCAGAAACAGGAGGAUGGAUUGAUUUUCGGCUGCUCACUUUACCCUUUGAAUCUUUAUUCUUCAUGAGCUGGUUCACUUUAAAUCUGUUUUCAUACUGGACAGAGAAGAAGGAAAAACUGAAAAAAGAGCUAUCUGAUAUUAUCAAGAGAUGUUGUCCACUCUCCAGAAACAGUCUGAGAUCACGUCAUAUUGCAGAGGUGACACCAUUAUCUUCCCUUCCUGCGGAGAAGGACAAUGAGGAAUGACCAAAAAAACCUGAAGAGUCCCAAAAACCUGUAGCCUAACUGCCUUGCCUUACUUGCAUUGGUAGUAGUAGUUAAUUAUUUUAAAAUUCUGUUCAAUUCAGUUUAUUUUUUUUAUAGCUUGCUCUUCUCAUGAAUUAGCACAGAAUGCUUGAACGCAGGGAUAGAGCAAAGAAACAAAUACAUCAGACAAGGAAACAGACUACAGAACUAUCUAAUACAUUAGCAAUGCUAUUAUAAAGCUGUAAGUAUGCCUACUGGCCACAGAGGAAAGGAACAAAAACUCCCAACUGAAAGUUGAGGGAGGAAAAAACCUCAGAGGGUGCAAGUUCCAGAGGCUGCCCACCCCUCCUGGGCAUUCUAGAUUAAAUAAGACUUCUACAUCAAAUUACAGGUAACAAAGGCAUUGUUGCUCUAUGGUAACUUGAUUUCCCAGCUUAGCAAAGCACGCCUUCUCUAUCAUGGCCAUUAGUCAUCAUCUUGAGUGAGUAUAGGAUGCUUCUUUAACGGCUGGUUGGCCUCCUCAGCUCUUAUUGUAGGGAGACAAUGCGCAGAAAGAAGAAAUUGUUAGUAACUUAUUUAAAGA